CCCUUUUCCUGUCGCUGUUUUCUAGCAUCGCUUUCUUCUCUCUUCUCCCUAUCCAUCCACAUUUACACAUCUAAUUCGGCACAAUGGUCCAUCUUGCUCAGGUUAAGCGCGACAGCGAUGUCGAGAAGACCGCUGAACGGGUCGACUCCAUCCGGCUUGAGGACGAUGCCUUCUACUCCAGCGUCUACGGCACUCGUUUCGCUACGGAGCAGCUUCCCUCGACGGAGAUGCCGGAGCGGGAGAUGCCUCGCGAGGUGGCCUACCGUAUGAUCAAGGAUGAGCUCAGUCUGGAUGGAAACCCCAUGCUCAACCUUGCGAGUUUCGUGACGACCUACAUGGAAGAGGAAGUUGAGAAGCUCAUGACCGAGUCCUUCAGCAAGAACUUCAUCGAUUACGAGGAAUACCCCCAGUCCGCCGAGAUCCAGAACCGCUGUGUGAACAUGAUUGCCCGUCUGUUCAACGCUCCCACCGACAGUGAUGACGAACACCCCAUGGGUACCUCUACCAUCGGUUCCUCCGAGGCCAUCAUGCUGGGCACCUUGGCCAUGAAGAGACGGUGGCAGAACAAGCGCAAGGCAGAGGGCAAGGAUGCCUCCAGGCCCAACAUUGUCAUGAACAGUGCCGUCCAGGUGUGCUGGGAGAAGGCUGCCCGCUACUUCGACGUUGAGGAGCGCUACGUCUACUGCACGGAGGAUCGCUACGUGAUUGACCCCAAGCAGGCCGUGGACCUGGUGGACGAGAACACCAUUGGUAUCUGCGCCAUCCUGGGUACCACCUACACCGGUGAGUACGAGGACGUCAAGGCCAUUAACGACCUCCUCGUCGAGCGGGGCAUUGACUGCCCCAUCCACGUCGAUGCCGCCAGUGGUGGUUUCGUCGCUCCCUUCGUUGCCCCCAACCUGGAGUGGGACUUCCGUCUGUCCAAGGUGGUGUCCAUCAACGUGUCUGGUCACAAGUAUGGACUCGUGUACCCCGGUGUUGGUUGGGUCGUCUGGCGCUCGCCCGAAUACCUGCCCAAGGAGCUGAUUUUCAACAUCAACUACCUGGGAGCCGAGCAGGCCAGCUUCACGCUGAACUUCUCCAAGGGCGCGUCGCAGGUCAUUGGACAGUACUACCAGAUGAUUCGACUGGGCAAGCGGGGCUACCGGUCGAUCAUGACGAACAUCACACGCACUGCCGACUACUUAGCCGAGCAGCUGGAGCAGCUGGGCUUUGUGAUCAUGAGCGAGCGCGGCGGCAAGGGCCUGCCGCUGGUGGCGUUCCGGCUGCCGGCGGACCGCGACUCGGAGCAGUUUGACGAGUUUGCGCUGGCGCACCAGCUGCGUGAGCGCGGGUGGAUCGUGCCGGCGUACACGAUGGCGCCCAACAGCAACUCGCUGAAGCUGAUGCGGGUGGUGGUGCGCGAGGACUUUAGCAAGAACCGGUGCGAUGCGCUGCUGGCGGACAUUAAGCUGGCCUUGAAGACGCUCAGCGACAUGGACAAGGCGAUGUUGGAGCGGUACACUCAUCAUGUCCGGGUGCACUCGACCAACUCGCACAAGUCCAAGCAUGUGCACCCUCACUACAAGAACGAGACCCAUUCCUUGCAGGGCAAGCAUGGCAAGACCCACGGUGUGUGUUAGAGUAGACUCUGUUAGAUGACAGUGGAUCUCGGUGGACAUGGACUGUAUAUGAGAGGCAUGGACAUAACACGGAUAAUGAUGCUAGACAUCUCCGAUACAUGAAUGCGAAUGAAAUAAGACAUUCACAGUGUUGACGGUGGAUCUCCCAUGCUACUUAGCACUUACUAGUAAAGGUGAAACGCGGAGGCGAGGCUUUGGACUGCAGCUAAAAGGCG